UCGUUUCCAAACAAUGCUCAAGGAAAAGCCACGUUGGCGAUCCACACUGUAGUGAAGUCCACAUUUUGAGGGCAGAAAUAACGCAAGGACGUUAGCUCCUCGCACACUCUGGUUCCUUCUCGCCUCUGACGCCACAUCGGAGCCGAGAUGUCAUCACCGCCGAAGGAGAAAAUCGAGACGAAAGGAGGACAUCCCCCUGCAGUGAAGGCAGGAGGUAUGAGGAUAGUGCAGAAGCAUCUACCACCUGCUGCCCCAGAACCGCUGCCGAAAGAAGAAGAGGAGGAGUACGCCAGCAGCAGUCCACCAAAGGUACCCGUCAUUGUGUCGGGAGUGGUUACAAAGGGUGAUCGGGACUUCACCCCGGCCGCUGCUCAGGUGGCCCACCAGAAGCCUCAGCCUGGUGUCCCCAAGCUGCCGUCUGCUCAGCACAUCAACCAGCACAUCCACCAGCCCCGCAAGUGAGCCAGGCGGCACGCUACCGUGGCUAUGCUAACUCCACCAGCCGGCCUUCCCCAAUGGAACACACAGGAUACAGAUGUUUCCCCCUCUAGGCACAGAUCUCCUCUAAAUAAUGACAGUCUUUUUUUUUUAUCAGGCUGUUGCUUCAAAUAUGCAAGGAAUUUGACAGCAACAGAUGUGUAAUGGUAAUAUUGUCACUGUAGAAGACUCGCUCUUAACGCACCUGCUCUUAUUGUUGCUGAACUUUUAUAUUCUGCAAUUGUGGGUCCACUCCUUACAUGAGAUUGCUGUAGAAGUUGUCUAGUCUUAAGAUGGUGUAAAGGGACAGGGAGGGGUCUUCUACAGUGACUAUAUUUCUCAGAUUAUACAGUAUAUAUAUAUUAGAACUUGAUCUUAGAUCUGAGUCUGUGGAAGAAACUCUGAAUCCACCUGUAUGCUGACCAGUACCGUGUUGCCACAACCAGCCGAUCACCACAAUUUGUCAAUCAGGCCAACUCGCCAACCAAUCACGCCACGGUGAUGAGCCGGGCCCCAAUGACCAAAAGAACCAAGUUAACCGUUUUCACCUUAAACCAAAAACAUGGAAAGAAUCGUUUAUUCGGAAUCACGUUUGACUGUUGCCAAAGUGCACGUGUGCAGCAAGGACCAGAGAGAGUAAAACUAGACAGUAACAUGAGAGCGUGAACCAGUUAUUAACCCAAAUGCUGCGGUUACAGCAGCCUUGACAAGCAUUCCAGAUGGUUUAUCAGAUUGCAGUUGAAGAUGAGUUAAUAUACUCCGCUUUACAUGUGCCCCGCAAAGGGAACAAAUUAGAUUAAAACAGGACCUAUUUUUCUCUAACGAUACUGUAUAUUCAUGUCUUAAUGUCCCACUCUGAACCUGUUGCUGCAGUUUCCUCCUCUUGCCUGUAUUUGACAGAGGUUCGAUUUGCUCUCCUCGCAGUGUUAAGUCAUUUUAGUGCAAACUCGACCUGCUGCGUCGUAAAAGUCGACAGCCUUUUCCUUACUCACAUGCCCCCUUCCACUUAAGUGUCAUAUGUGACAACAAUAAUGUUCAGGUUUCCAGGAAGAAAUUAAAGAAAAUUUACCUUGCCAAGAAUGACUGAUCUUGUGUUAAUUUAAUGAAGUUAAAAGAGUUUUAUUUUUUUUUUCUCAGUUCUUUUUUUCAUGAGAAAAUUGUUCAAAUUGUACAAAUCUUUAGUCAUUAGGUGGACUUUGGUAGUAGUUGUGGUUGUCAUAGUAAAUAAAGAUAUAGACUAUCUUGGAAAA